AUGGAUAACAACAUGGAAAUCGAUACCGCGCGGUCCCCCGAGCCACACCGCCUGUCUCCUACAAGUGACCCCGGGUCCAUACCGACUUUGGACGGCUGGAUCGAGAGUUUGAUGACUUGCAAGCAAUUAGCGGAGGAAGACGUGCGGCGGCUGUGCGAUCGGGCAAGAGAGGUAUUGCAAGAGGAAUCCAAUGUUCAGCCAGUGAAAUGCCCAGUGACGGUCUGCGGUGAUAUACACGGACAGUUCCAUGAUUUAAUGGAACUGUUCCGCAUCGGCGGUCCUAACCCGGAUACAAACUACCUCUUCAUGGGUGAUUAUGUCGACCGCGGCUACUACUCAGUCGAGACAGUGACUCUCCUGGUUUCUUUGAAGAUACGUUAUCCGCAGCGUAUUACCAUCCUUCGUGGAAAUCACGAAUCCCGACAGAUCACGCAGGUGUACGGAUUCUAUGACGAAUGUCUCCGCAAAUACGGCAAUGCCAACGUGUGGAAAUACUUCACCGACCUCUUCGAUUACCUUCCCCUCACUGCUCUCAUCGAAAACCAGAUCUUCUGUCUCCACGGUGGACUGAGCCCGUCCAUCGACACUCUUGACAACAUCCGGUCGCUCGAUCGCAUUCAAGAAGUUCCCCAUGAGGGUCCUAUGUGCGACUUGCUUUGGAGUGAUCCCGAUGAUCGCUGCGGAUGGGGAAUUUCCCCCGAGGUGCUGGUUACACCUUUGGUCAGGAUAUCUCCGAAGCCUUCAACCACAACAACGGCUUGA